CUAACAAAUACACUUGGCACAUUGAUGAAUCUUGAACAUUGAAUCUUAAACAUUAAAGUUGUCCGUAAAUUGUAAAUUGUAGUCGCUACCUAUUACUGUAAUUCAACCUUACCAACUGCCCACCUAUCCACAUACGCCAUAUAACUAUCAAAGUAUAUCCCGACCGAUUUCGAGAAAAUACAGCACAUAAAUCAGCGAAUAUGGACCCUUAUUCAGCUGAAGGCGAGUUGAUCAACAUCCAUAACCACUUCCACCAAGGUCAAUAUCAAGAAGUAAUCGACUUCGACACCUCUGCCUUUUCAGCCGAGAAUGCGCUACCUACCCGAAUUCUCAUCCUCCGAGCUCGAAUUGCCUUAGGACAAGCAGAAGAUGUCCUCGCAGAUGUGCAGGGAGAGUCAGGACCUGAGUUGGCUGCGGUCGGUGCGUUGGCAGAACUUGCUCUUGGCAAGACAGAUGCCGCCGUCGAGACCAUUGAGGAGUUAGCUUCGUCAGCAGCUGAUAACCAGUCCGUUCAGGUCAUUGGAGGCACGGUUUUGCAGGCUGCCGGCAAGUCAGAGGAGGCACUCGCGCUCUUGUCGCAACACACCGGUAGUCUUGAUGCCAUUGCUCUAAUCACACAGAUCCAUCUCGAACAAAAUCGCACCGAUCUAGCCCUUAAAGAAAUCACGGCGGCACGACGUUGGGCACAAGAUAGCCUACUUGUCAACUUGGCAGAGUCAUGGGUUGGCCUACGAAUAGGCGGGGACAAAUACCAGCAGGCAUUUUAUGUAUUUGAAGAACUUGCGCAGGCUCCUUCGACAUCGUCAAUCACCACCCUUGUCUCCCAAGCAAUAUGCGAGCUACAUCUAGGCCGUGUGGAAGAAGCGCAAGGUGCUCUCGAGCAAGCAAUUCAGAAGGAGCCUAAUUACGCCGCAGCUAUUGCCAAUCUACUAGUCCUAACAGUCAUAACUGGCAAUGACCCCAUCGAAUUGACGAGUUCCCUAAAGAAGGCUUCGCCUCAACACACCUUCUUAGUAGACCUAGCGGAGAAGAGCGAAUUGUUUGACAAGGCUGCAGCAAAAUACAGCGCCAAAUUAUCGGCGUAAGCGUGGAGCAGAAUGGGACAAUAAAACAGGAGCCUGGUGGUUGCGGUUGGUUUACUUGUAGACUUCGAGGAACGAGGGAUAAAAAUAAAGCAGUCGAGGCGGAACACUGCUUUUACGAUAACUCAUGAACAAGACGAAUAUCUUACCCCAACAACGGUGCCUGAAUCUAACGGUCCACUUCAGUUGAUACUCAGGGUUGCACCCGCUUUUAACACGUGGGGCUGUUGCAAAGAACGGGACGCCGAGAUAUUGGAAAUCAAAUACACACUCAAUUUUGUCUGACAUCAUAUCUAUAGACUUGGGAUCUCCAGGAGUAUGAGACAUUGUUCAAAUGCACAAUGACGCCUCUGGAGUAUAACAUGCGGAAACGUGAUAAAGACUGCCCAGAUGGCAGGAUUCUAUAAUGGCUUGAUAGCGAGGAUAUUGUCACAUAACAGACCACAUGCAUUCGAUGCAACAGAUAAGAACUAUAAGG